GCGGUCCGCACCGUUCUCUGCCCUACAGCCUGAGGCGGCCGAGGAACGUUGCUUGUUCUCCUGAGCCAGCAGCACGUCCCGUCGCUGUCACCUCUUCCCGCCUCACACCCCCUUCCCGUCCCCCCGAUAGACCUUGGGUGCGCUGGUGCCCCUGCCCGGCCAGCUCCGCCCUUGUAUCCCUCCGCCGUUCGCCUGCACGCGGUCGGGGCGCCCCGCCUCUCUUCCUUCGCCGGGCGGCUGCUUGGCGAUGCUAGUCAUGAUAAAUGCCCCUGUUCGAGGGGCUCCAGGGGGGCCUUACUCAUGUUACUGCCAGGUGUGGAAUGCUCUCAGCGAAUCUUUCCUCGUGACCAUGUCUCCACGCGCCAAGCGAUCCCCAGUAUGGAGCAAUGGCGAGGUGCCGGAUCUCAUCAGUGUUUGGGGCGAGGAAGUUGUCCAGUCCCAGCUGCGCUCCAGCCGUAGGAAUUACGAUACCUUCAGGCAGAUAUCAAGGGACAUGAUGGAAAGGGGCCAUUACCGGGACGCUCUGCAGUGAAGGAUUAAAGUGAAGGAGCUGCGGAAUGUCUACUGCAAAGCCCAUGAGGCAAACAGCUGCUCCAGUGCUGCCCACACGACCUGCCGUUUUUACAAAGAGCUGGACGCGAUACUUGGGGGUGACCCCACCUCCACUCCGAGUACCACCAUGGACACUUCAGAGCCCAGUCCAACAAGGCAGGAAAAGGAGAAGGAAGAGGAGGAGCAGCAAAGCAGGAGCGAGGGUGCUGAGGAGGAGGAAGACACCCCGGCAUCCCUAGAUGCAUGCAGCCAGGAGCUUUUCUCAAGCCAGGAAGAAGGUAGCCAGUCGCAGCGGUCGGUUCUUGGGGAAGGACAAACACCAGAGGAGGUUCCCGAUGCAGCCUUGAGAUCUCAGCUGUCUGUGUUGUUACCGGCCGAGAGGCUGCAAAGAAUCAGGAAGAGGCCACGUAGAAGCAAAGAGGACAUGCUGCAUGAAGUCAUGCAGCACUCCCUUAAUGAAAAUCAAAAAGUGCAGGAGUGGCGGGAGAGUGAAAGGAGGGUCCGCUGGCUAAAUGCGGAUCGCUGGUACCAGAGCACGGAGCGGCUGAUAAGCAUCAUGGAGCGCCAAGUGGACUCAAUCCACGUGCUCGUAGCCAUGCAGGCAGAGCACCACCGCGCCUGUCUCCCUCUCCCCCCCCCGCAGCCUUUGUCCCAAAACUCUUUCCCUGGUGCCCCCAUGUCACCUUCAACAUCCGGGUUCUUAUCACCACCAGCUGCCUCCAACACCUGUAGCUUCACCACCCAACCCUGAAAACUACGACCCUUCCCCACUACACUCAACCCCCAUCACCAUGCAGUAUAGCCAUCCUGAAGUGCUGCACUUAUUGUACAGCACUCCAAACUGGAAGGCUGAGUAUGAUAACAGGACAUACACAAAUCUGUGAUUGUACCGUUCCCUACUGCAUCCCCUUGCCCUUUCUGUUUCCCAAGCAGUUGUGUUUCUUUUCAAUAAAUGGAUUUUUUUGCUU